AUGAGCAUGCAGGAAGUGAGGUCAGUUGUUGUAUUUCCAUCUGCUGUUAACAUAUUGCCAGCGCUUGCAAGCUUCAGAGUUAUACGCGUGCUAGAUUUACAAAGUUGCUGCCUUUCACAAGGUUACAGUCUGAAGUAUCUUGAAAAUUUAGUUGACCUAAGGUACCUGGGACUGAGAGACACAGGCAUCUCUCAACUCUCUCGAGAAAUAGGGAAGCUGCAAUUUCUACAGACAUUGGAUGUAACAGGUAAUGAAAUUUCUAGCUUGCCGUCGACUGUCGUUGAGCUCAAGCAUCUGAUGUGCCUACGCAUAGAUAGCUGGACAAGAGCGCCAUGCGGGAUUGGGAGCUUCACAUCACUUGAAGAGCUGUCAACAUUAUGCAUCCAAGACUCCACUGAUCUUAUAGAGGACCUGGGAAAUCAAACAGAGCUGAGAGUUCUGGGUAUUGACUGCCACACUGGAUGGAAUUUCAAAAGGUUUGAGAAAUCCCUGGUGGAGUGUCUACACAAGCUGCAAAAAAUCCACACAUUAUCCAUCUCAGUUGUUGGUGAAUGCAAGUUGGAUGCCUGGGUCGCCCCUCCACAUCUCCGUAGCUUGGAAAUAACAGGAUGCUGUUCAUCUACUCUGUCAGCUUGGUUGAAUCCAUUGCUUCUUCAGGAGCUCUCUUUCCUGUCCAUCGAAGUGAGGAAGAUACGGCAGGAGGAUCUGGAGAUACUUGGGAGUUUGCCGGCUCUCGUCUAUCUCGAUGUGGAGGUGGGCAAUCAGAACCACGGAAUCCUUCGGAGGUUAGUCUUCCAUGAUUGUUCCUUCCCAUGCCUGGUACAUUGCGUGCUUCGGGGAUACAUAGGGCCCGUGGCGUUUCAGCAAGGAGCUAUGGUGAAGCUGGAAAGACUUCACCUGGCGAUCCCUGUGCUGGAGACCAGAGAAAUCGCCGGCGGUUUCGAGUUCGGCUUGGGGAACCUGCCGGUGCUCCAAGAUGUCACCUUUUUGCUCCGCCGUGGAGGUGCCGGAGAGGGGGAGGUGGAGGAAGCUGAGCGUGCGCUGAGGCGUGCAAUUGAAAUGCAUCCCAACCAUCCCACACUUGAGAUACUCUGA